CCACCGAGCCUUGGGCGAGCCGCGUCCUUUCGAGGGGGCCCCGCCUCUGUGUGACGGCCCGACCGGGAAUUGGCGGCGGCGCUGCAGCCAUUUCCGGUUUCGGGGAGGUGGGUGCGGUGCGGAGCGGGACUUGGCGCCGCCGCCCCUGCUUACAGAACCUCCCUUGCGCCUAGUGCUGCCGGCACGAUGCGGCCGGGGCCCGGAGGCUGCUGCUGCCGCCGCCCGGUAAGGGCGAACGGGUGCGUGGCGAACGGGGAAGUGCGAAACGGGUACGUGAGGAGCAGCGCCGCCGCCGCCGCCGCCGCCGCCGCAGCCGCUGCCGGCCAGAUUCAUCAUGUUACAGAAAAUGGAGGACUAUAUAAAAGACCAUUUAAUGAGGCUUUUGAAGAAACACCCAUGCUGGUUGCUGUGCUCACAUAUGUGGGGUAUGGUGUACUCACCCUCUUUGGAUAUCUUCGAGAUUUCUUGAGGCAUUGGAGAAUUGAAAAGUGUCACCAUGCAACAGAAAGAGAAGAACAAAAGGACUUUGUGUCAUUGUAUCAGGACUUUGAAAACUUCUAUACAAGGAACCUCUACAUGAGGAUAAGAGACAACUGGAAUCGACCGAUCUGUAGUGUGCCUGGAGCCAGGGUAGACAUCAUGGAGAGACAGUCUCAUGACUAUAACUGGUCAUUCAAGUACACAGGAAAUAUAAUUAAAGGUGUUAUAAACAUGGGUUCCUACAACUAUCUUGGAUUUGCACGGAACAGUGGAUCAUGUCAAGAAGCAGCUGCCAAAGUCCUAGAGAAAUAUGGAGCUGGAGUGUGUAGCACUCGGCAGGAAAUUGGAAACCUGGACAAGCAUGAAGAACUAGAAAAACUUGUAGCAAGAUUCUUGGGAGUAGAAGCUGCUAUGGCAUAUGGCAUGGGAUUUGCUACAAAUUCAAUGAACAUUCCUGCUCUUGUUGGCAAAGGUUGCUUGAUUCUGAGUGAUGAACUGAACCAUGCAUCGCUGGUCCUAGGAGCCAGACUGUCAGGAGCAACCAUUCGAAUCUUCAAGCACAACAAUAUGCAAAGCCUAGAGAAGCUAUUGAAAGAUGCCAUUGUUUAUGGUCAGCCUCGGACAAGAAGGCCCUGGAAGAAAAUUCUAAUUCUUGUGGAAGGAAUAUAUAGCAUGGAGGGAUCUAUUGUCCGCCUUCCUGAAGUGAUUGCCCUCAAGAAGAAAUACAAGGCAUACUUGUAUCUUGAUGAGGCUCACAGCAUUGGGGCCCUUGGCCCUUCAGGUAGAGGCGUGGUAGACUACUUUGGCCUGGAUCCUGAGGAUGUAGAUGUGAUGAUGGGAACUUUCACCAAGAGCUUCGGUGCAUCUGGAGGAUACAUUGGAGGCAAGAAGGAGCUGAUAGACUACCUGCGUUCACAUUCUCACAGUGCCGUGUAUGCCACAUCCCUGUCACCACCUGUAGUGGAGCAGGUCAUCACCUCCAUGAAGUGCAUCAUGGGGCAGGAUGGCACCAGCCUUGGCAAAGAGUGUGUGCAGCAGUUAGCUGAAAACACCCGGUAUUUUAGGAGACGCCUGAAGGAAAUGGGCUUUAUCAUCUAUGGAAAUGAAGACUCUCCAGUGGUGCCUUUGAUGCUCUACAUGCCAGCCAAAAUCGGCGCCUUUGGACGGGAGAUGCUGAAGCGGAACAUUGGUGUAGUUGUGGUGGGAUUUCCUGCUACCCCAAUUAUUGAGUCCAGAGCCAGGUUUUGCCUGUCAGCAGCUCAUACCAGAGAAAUACUUGAUACAGCUUUAAAGGAAAUAGAUGAAGUUGGGGACCUGCUGCAGCUGAAGUAUUCCCGUCAUCGGUUGGUGCCUCUACUGGACAGGCCCUUUGAUGAGACUACAUAUGAAGAGACAGAAGACUGAGCCUUUCUGGUGCUCCCUAGAGGGACUUUCCCAUCCCGGGCAGUGUGUGGCCUUUCUGAGCCAGUUCCAGGAACCACACUUCUUCAACCACCUCAUGUGAAGGACAUUUCCUCAACUACUGAAGGUGGUCACCUCCACUCUAAAUGGCAUUUUGUAAAUAGUAAAAAAAAAAACAAAAAAAACCUGCUUCACAUCCUUCAUUUGCUAAGUCUCACCUUUAAAAAAUGAGGUGACUUAUUUUGUCCAUUAAAAAACGUUUUAUUUUAUAACUAUUCUACUCGGGAAAUCACACUGACCCCAGCCUGUCUGGCUAAGCACACAGGCAUUUUCAUCUCUAGCCUCGAGAUGCUCCCUAGCGAGCAAGUGCCUUUUGCUUACUUCCCAUCCAGGUCUCAGAGGUUGCCCAACUUGAAAUCCUUAUUUUACCAGUCAAUUUAUCAACCAAAGUAUUCUCCCAUUAGUAUUAAUUUUAGCCUUUUAAGAAAAACAGUAAAUGGUAACAAUGCUGAAAGACUUACUGUAUAACGCUCCCUGACCAAGGACCUCCCAAAGCUUUGGUUUUAUUCCAUUUUUUGUUCUGUCACCAAAAGAUUUCUUCCUUCACUGUCAAAUACUUCUUUAUGUGGUCACAGUCUGAGGAUAUGUCCAAAUUACAGUUCUUCCCAAGCACUAACCUUGAUUCUUCCAAACUCCUGCUUAAAACUCACUGUUUUAGAAGCACCUACAUCCCAUCCUGCUCAGACCUUGGUGGUGAAGCAGCAUACCUGUCACCAUUACCAGUCAGUGUUAAAUCUGCUCUAUAAGUAACAGGCACUCCUGGAGGGGUGAGAGACAGGGGCAGUGUGGGAUAAAUCACUGACUUACAGAAUGGCUGGGGUUGGAUUUCUCACUGUUCUCUACUUUUCAAAAUUACAACAGCCUCUCACUGGGUCUGAAUCCAGAUUAGGAUUUAACUUGGUAAAAGAGAAUGUUGGUCAAUCUGCUCAGAAAACAUUUACCAUGUUCCUGUUUCAGCAUGAAAGUUAUUAACUUAGCCCUUUCAGAAGCUGACCACUUAAACAUUACUCUUCUGAAUGCUAGUUCUUCUACUCUUGGUGUCCUAAGCUCUGUGUGU